AUGAAAAUCGCGCUGUUCUUGGUCGUUGCCUUCAUCCUGUUGAGUCAAACCUCGGCGAUGCGAUUCACAAGAGGAUUUAAAUCCACCAACGAACGCUGCGAAUACUCAAGGGAAUGCGCACCGGGACUUUACUGCUACGGGCUAUGCCCGCCAAUGUUUCACUGCGUUCGAGAAACCGCGGCCUUCCCAGCUUGCCGUACUCGCGGUGACGUCCGGCUUGAC